AUGUCGGAAAGAUCUGUUGGAUCCGAUGAAUGUGAAUGCAGACAACUACUUGAACUUGAAAAUCAGAUUGAGAAGAACAAUAUAAUUUUGAAGUCUUUACAGGAUUUAGAAUGUACACUUAAAUGGCUUGACAACACAGAACGGAUUGAGGAUGCAGUUGAGGGAAACUGCAUUAGAUUGUCACUUAGGACAUACAUUCCGAAGUUGGAAGACCUUUUCUCCCCAAAAAAAGUUGGAGAUGCCACUGAGCCAUCGGAAGUAAAUCAUGAGCUGCUAAUGGAACUUCUGGAGGGGACUAUAGGUUUAAGGAAUGUUGAGGUGCUGGCCACUGUUGGCGGUGCCUACAUGGCUUGGGCUGACAUUGCAGUGCUCCACCCAAGGGUGAUGCCAUGCCAGCCCCUUCAAUGUCCAUGCAGACACUCAUUGGAGUACUUGGAUAAAGAUGAGACAGUAGUGGCUCAUGCGGUUGGAGGAGUUGAUGCAUUCACCAAGGUCCCUCAAGGUCCCACAAGGUUGGCCAUUGUUAAGUUACUCCAUUGA